CCAACUUUGUACUUGUAGUAUCAAAUAUCAGAAACUUCGCCAUUAACGGAACAGCUAAAAUUCUCUCAAUUAAUUGAAGUUUGGAAUGCCUCAACAAUUUUCUAGCUACUCUUAGGUUAUACAUACAUUUGUUUCACUAUCCUCGGGAGAUUGGUUAAAUUUCAUCCAUUGGUUUCUGCUGGAAUUAUAUGGAUCAGAAAAUGAAUGUAUAUAUCUGGGACAUGGAUGAAACCCUCAUAUUGCUAAAGUCGUUAAUAAAUGGGACAUAUGCUGAGGCAUUCAAUGGAUCCAAGAAUGUACAGAGUGGUGUAGAAAUUGGGAAGAUGUGGGAGAAUCAUAUUCUUCAGAUAUGUGAUGACCACUUCUUUUAUGAGCAGGUUGAAAAUUGCAAUAUGCCAUAUCUAGAUGUCUUGAAACAGUAUGAUGAUGGUCGAGAUCUCACUGACUAUGACUUCAAUAAAGACGGCUUUGGUCCGCCAAGUGAUGAUCUUAACAAAAGGAGAUUAGCGUACCGUCAUCGGGCUGUAGCACAUAAGUACAAAAAGGGGUUGCAUAGUAUUCUUGACCAAGACAUGAUUAAAUCGUGGAGCGAGCUUUAUGACGUCACUGAUAAUUAUACUGAUAUGUGGUUCUCAGCAGCUAGGGCUUGCUUGGAGCAGUGUGCAGUUGGGGAUCGAGAUUUGGCCUCCUCUACUGUUUCUACCAAUGAUGCAGGAGAUACUACAUUCCAGCAUGUGAAUAUCUUGGUGACUUCCGGAUCGUUGAUACCCAGCUUAGUUAAAUGCUUGCUCUUUCGCCUAGGUGAUUUAAUCCCUAGUGAAAAUGUGUACAGCUCAUGGGAAGUGGGCAAGCUCCAGUGCUUCUCAUGGAUAAAGGAGCGGUUCAAUGGGCCAAACGUGCAAUUUUGUGUUAUUGGAGAUGGAUGGGAAGAAUGUGAAGCAGCCGAAAGUAUGAGAUGGCCAUUUGUCAAAAUUGAUCCGCAGCCUAGCAGUUACCAUCGAUUUCCAGGCUUAACACCAAAGGAUCUGGGCCACUACUUCUCUGUUGUGUAUGGUGAUUCUGAUGAAAAAGAUAAUUUGACAUAAAAAGGUGAAGGUUCUUAUAAAGUUCUCAUUUUGCAUGAGAGAAUUCCUCUAAAUUAUGCUCUUUGUCCUGUGAGGCCACUCUGUAAUCUGUAUAGUGAAUUUCUCAAUGACUCCUGGCUUUUAGUCUCUUCUGUUAUGGCCACUCUAUGGGCGCUCAAUGGUUAAAGUGAGAUUUUUUUUUUCUUGUUUCAUGUA